AUGGCUCACUGUUUUGCAGAGAAAGGAGCAUUGGAACAAAGACGUCUGACUGAUUACCUUGACAACCAUGAUGGAACGAUACUUCUUGGGGACAGUGGUUAUGCUCUCAAGAGGUAUCUGCUGACACCCAUCCCCGCCCCCCGUAAUGAGCAAGAACACCUGUAUGAUAGACAGCAUCGCCAAGGUCGAUUGUGCAUAGAGAGAACCUUUGGUCUACUCAAGUCUAGAUUCAGAUGCCUUCACAAGACCGGUGGUGUUUUACCAUUAAAGCCACAAAAAUUUGCAAACGUAUUCAUGGCUUGUUGUCGCUUGCACAACCUGUGCGUGCAAAAUGGUCUUCCAGAACCACCAGAACUUGAUUUGGAGGAGGACCAUGAUCUGGAAGUGGGCGCACCUGACAACAACCUUGGUGGUCAGGCUGUGCGCAAUCAAUUUGUACAAAUACGUUGAUUGAUUGGAUAUGAUGGUUCAUAUGUGAGAG